AUGCUACUCUUUUUUAACCUCUUAUUUUCGUUAAACAUAUUUCUCAAGCUGAUUUUGGCUACCGAAACAACUACCGACAAAAAUAUUGCUGUUUAUUGGGGACAAAAUUCAGCAGGGACACAGGAAUCCCUCGCCACGUAUUGCCAAUCGUCUGAUGCUGAUAUUUUUAUAUUGUCCUUCCUAUAUGAGUUCCCAAAUACAAAUCUAGACUUCUCCAAUGCUUGUUCAGAACAUUCAACUGACGGUAUUUUACAUUGCUCUCAAAUCGCCCAAGAUAUCACUACAUGCCAAUCAUUAGGUAAAAAGGUGCUUCUCUCUUUAGGUGGUGCAACUGGUACGUAUGGAUUUAGCAGUAUAGCUGAAGCUACAGCAUAUGCUGAAACAUUAUGGAACCUUUUCGGUGAAGGUUCUACCACUGAAAUACGCCCAUUUGACUUUGCUGUUGUAGAUGGUUUUGACUUCGAUGUUGAAAAUAACAACAGCGUAGGUUACUCAGCCUUAGUUCAAAAGCUAAGAUCGUUAUACGAAACUGGGUCAAAACAAUACUAUAUAUCGGCCGCUCCUCAAUGUCCUUAUCCUGACGUUUCUGUUGGCCCGUUGUUAGAAUCUGAAAAUAUCGAUUUUCUUUUCAUUCAAUUUUACAAUAAUUACUGUAAUGUUGAUAAACAAUUUAACUGGGACACAUGGUUAAAUUAUGCGGAGACCAUCUCUCCAAAUAGUGACAUUAAAUUGUUUUUAGGUUUACCAGGUUCUUCCACCGCGGCUGGUUCAGGCUACAUUUCUGACCUUACCACUUUGGAAUCAACAAUUUCAAAAAUAUCUUCCACAAGUCAUUUCGGUGGUAUUGCAUUAUGGGAUGCAUCCCAAGCCUUUUCCAAUCUGAUUGAAGGUCAAACAUAUAUCCAUGAAUUGAGAAAAAUCUUAGAUGGUUUAUCAGCUUCUAUAAUCCCCACUUCUACUUCAAUCUAUUCUGAAUCAUUUUUGUCCACACCACUUACCUCUCUUGCAGACUAUGAUAUCAUUACAUCAACCCUUAGCCCAAGUAGUUCAAUUUCCAGUACUAUCACACCUGUGCCUCUCUCUUCCGUUCCCUAUUCUAGUGUUCAUCCGAAAACAGUCAAUACAGUAGAAAAAAAUGAGAAGUCCUUACAUUUGGCUUCCAUGUUUAGUUCAAUGUCACAAUCGAUCACCAUAUCAGACUACAAUUCUCUUCUUCAAUCUUUAAAAAAUAUACCCACUACUGUAGCUAGUACUCCGAAGUCAUUUCAGCUUCAUGGUGCAGAAACAACGAAUACCAUAACAGCAACAUCUGUAUACUCUUCGCAGACUACAACCAUAUUAGAAACUACCGCAAUUUCACGCUCUAGUACUCAGCAACAAGUCGAAGCCAAUACUAUAAAUACAGAGGAACCAGACACGGGUAUCCUACCUUUAACAACUACAUUAGCUCCGACUGCUAGAACGGUGACGUCAGAUACUAUCAAAUACGAAGAUUCAUUCAUCUCUAGCUUUACAAAAAUUGAAGAUAAUAUCGUCUCCACUAGCUUCCCUGAAGAUAUUCCAGUAACUUCCACUAAUAUUGCAAGCAUAAUUAUUACGUCGACGUUGGAACUACCUUUAGCUACAUCUACAUUUACAGAAUUUCAAGACCAUCAUUCACAUGGCACCCCUACUCUAACUCUUGAGGAGGCUGCUGUAAUUUCCACUACCAUUAUGGAUGCAACGGAUAAUACGAUUGCAGGUACUGUUAUAACCACGACAUUGGAACCAGCUAGCCCAUCUACGACUAAGAUACUACCGCCUACAAUUUUUAGUGCAGCAGCAACUCCAUCUGGAGAUUCAGCUGCACAUACCAUUGCUAAAGACCUAAACCAACAAUAUGCCAAUGGAUUAUUAAAUGGAAAAUCUGGUUGUACUGUCGGUGAAGUUGCAUGUUCAUUAAGAGGUCAAUAUUCUUUAUGCGAUGAAUCAGGGGUGUGGCAAUAUAUUGAUUGUGCAGCCGGUACAACGUGUUUUGCAUAUGAUUAUGAUAACGUGGUUCUGACCCAAUGUGGAUUCGUUUCGCAGAAAGCUCUAUUCAUGUAG